AUGGUAACUUUGGUGGAUGAUGAUGAUAAGGAAGAUAGUGUUAUGCUGGAUAAGUUUCUAGUGGUUGAUGGAGUUGAUGACCAGUCGUUUCCCUCUCUUAUAAGGGAUCUUAAGAAAGAAUAUGAAGCAAGUAUUGUCAUUCUUCUUGAAAUCCAUAUCAGUGGUGAUCGAGGGAAGGUAAGAACCAUUAGCCUUUGUAAUGUCUCUUAUAAGGUUAUUACCAAACUUCUUGCUACCUAUCUUAGGAAAAUCAUGGAUCAUCUCAUAAGUCUAGCCCAAUGUAGCUUUGUGCUGGAAAGACAAAGUUCUAACAAUAUUAUUAUCUCGCAAGAAGUUAUUCAUUCUAUGCAGAAUAAGAAAGGGCCCAAAGUUUGGAUGGCAAUUAAGAUUGAUCUUGAAAAGGUGUAUGACAGGUUGAAGUGGUCCUUCAUCUGA